AUGGCUAUAGUCGUGAUUACAAAAACACAAAUUACAAAUAACUUCAACAAGUAUUGGAAGGUUUCAAAUUCUCAAAACUUUGUAUUAAAAAAUAACAAAGGAGUAGGAAUUAUUAUCAUGUUCAAAACAGAAAUUGUACAACACAUAGAUAAUAUAGACAAGUUCCUGGGAAGAGAUAUCUGUAUAAAUCUAUACUAUAAAAACAACAACAAAGUCAAUAUUAUUGGAAUAUAUGUUUCAGUAUCUCUUAAUAGCAACUACAAACAAUUUUUAAGCUGGACAAAUCAAAAAAUCUGGGAAAAAAACAACAAAGACUUCUUUACUAUUAUACUGGGAGACUUUAAUAGACUAGCAAACCCAAAACUUGAUAAACUUCACCACUCAAAAACCAACUGCAAAACAUGA